UGCGUACAGGUCCAAUCCUUUCUUCAACUUUCUACGGUUUCGCAAGAAGAAUCCUCGUUGUGGGGGCGAUAAAGCACCCAGAUCCUCAUUCUCCAUCUUGCUGAGAAGUGCUCAAGCCAAGUUGCAUGACGUGUUGCCAAGGACACAGACCGAACGGUGAUCCCUGCAGACGCCCCAAGGAUCUCAAUGCUCGAGGCUACUGCCACCAGCACUCGUGGCAGGAUGGUCCCAGAUGCCAAGGCAUCAAGGGCGGCACUACCAGACCUUGUAAGAAUCCCGCUAAGGAGGGCUACGCCUACUGCUGUGCCACCCAUGAUCCAGCCGAGGUACACAUUCCUCCGAGCGUGCUCGACCCAGAAGGUUACUACCUCCGUGGCCGAGUGCAAGAUGAUGUUGUGGCCAGGUGGAAGGAACAAGAUAUCUACAACCGCAGGCCGUUGGAUCUACGUUCAUUGCUCGACCUCGACCACAUUGUUGAAAAACAAUGUUUUACAUACGGGCUCUCCCAGCUGGAUCUCCGCCAGGGCGACGAUGAUUUCGCUUUGGCCACGGAAGUCCUUCGGGAAAAUGUCGUGAACGAGCUGGACAAUCUUACUCUGACACGUUCGAGCACCAACAGAAUCAAGGGAGCUGGAGUGUACCAAUUUCUUGAUGAUUCCCGUACGGGUCAUCUUGGCAACAAGACGUUUACAACUUAUCUCUUGGAAGCGACGCGAGACGGGGAGACUCUCGGACGAGCUGUUACUCGUCGGAUCACCCGCAACAUGGGGAGAGCAAUGAAGAAGUGCCAGUGGAAGUUAAGCGACGAGGGCGACACGCCAGUGCUGGAUAACCUCAGCGGUCAGCUCCAGAAGCUCUUUGUCGCCAUGGAGCUGCACGAACGUUAAAAUCAUUACCUGAGCUGGAGUUGGCUUGACACAGAACUGAAGCCAAUAGUUUUAAGAUCUUCUGCAUAAUUCGACCCAUUCCAGGGUGCUGCAUAUACGAAAGAAAGAAACCCCAGAAAAAUCGGAUAACAUUAAAAACAAAUAAACAGACCAGUUUCAGAGCUGGCGAAAAAAAAA